AUGACAGUAGGCCUACCAGCCUCUCGUAGAACUACGACAGAAGGGCUACAAGCCUCAGAUACAACUACAGGUAGACCAACAGCAAAUGGAUUGACGGAGAACCAAGAACCGUCUUCAAGCACAAACAAACACCUACAAACAAAGGAAACAACCACUAUGACAGUAGGCCUACCAGCCUCUCAUAGAACUACGACAGAAGGGCUCAUGCCAGCCUCUGAUACAACUGCAGCAGUAGCACCUUCAAAUGGAUUGACGAAGACAAAAGAACCAUCUUCAAGUACGACCACAGUAACAACAAACAAACACCUACCAACAGAAGAAACUACCACGGACAGAAAAGCAACAUUCAGCACUACAGCAACCCCCUCAACCAAUGCACAGACUGCAGAAAGGCAGUCUGUGAGGGAACUAACAAGGACUGACAUGGCAGCCAUUACUUCAGUUCCAGCAGCAGAGACAGACCGCUAUGACGAGGACUACGACGUGAAACCAGGCUAUAUGUACAUUGCACUAAGUUUUGUAGGAUUCAUGGCAUUAACUCUCACUGUGCUUUUCAUCUGUAAGAUACAGCGGAACUGUUGCAAACCGCCACACUAUCCACCUUAG